CGACAACACCAAGACCAAGAGGAAUGCGAAAUUUCCUCCAACCACCAAGAGGUGCACUAAGCAAAAUGGCAGAAUCCGUAGCCCGUCCAUCAGUUUUAAAUGCUGCUGAUGAUGAUAUCAAGAAGCUUUUAGCUGCCGACUGCCACAUCGGCUCCAAGAACUUGGAAGUCCGUAUGGAACCCUAUGUUUGGAAGCGUCGUUCUGAUGGAAUCCAUAUCCUUAACUUGGCCAAGACCUGGGAGAAGCUUGUUCUCGCUGCUCGUAUCAUUGCUACCAUUGAGAACCCUGCUGAUGUUUGUGUUGUUUCUACUCGUGCUUACGGACACCGUGCAGUUUUGAAGUUUGCUGCCCACACUGGUGCUACCGCUAUUGCUGGCCGUUUCACUCCUGGUAACUUCACUAACUACAUCACUCGCACCUACCGUGAGCCCCGCUUGAUCAUUGUUACUGAUCCUCGUGCUGAUGCUCAAGCCAUCAGAGAGGCUUCUUUUGUCAACAUCCCUGUCAUUGCUCUUACUGACACUGACUCCUGCCUGAACCAUGUUGAUGUAGCUAUCCCCACUAACAACAAGGGCUACAAGGCCAUCGGUUUGUCCUGGUACCUUUUGGCUCGUGAAGUCCUUCGUCUCCGUGGUAGUAUCUCCCGCAACACUCCUUGGGAGAUCAUGCCUGACCUCUACUUCUACCGUGAUCCCGAGGAGAUUGAGCGUGAGGAGGAAGCUAAGGCUGCUGCUACCGCUGCUGCUGAAGAGGAAGCUCAAUUGGCUGCUCAAACUGCUGCUGCCGAAUUCGAGGUCACUGACAGCGCUGCUGGUACCGUUGAUCCUACCAUUUUGGAUAAUGCUACCGCCGGUCAAGUUGGUCAAACUACUUGGGAAGGUGACGCUGAGUGGAAUACCACCGGUGCUGCUCCCUCCGAAUGGGCUUAAUUUCUGUGUCUUAUUAUCAUACAGUUAAAAAACAUUCACUGUUGAAAGUUCUUUCAAUCCAGGUUAUGCUAAUAAUUAAAAGCCUUUUGGUGUAUAUGUGGUAGUGAGCAAGCCAAUAAUGUUGAUGUAUAUGUACUAGCAAUGUGACCUUGUAGUAGUCGUACUGGUAAUACUUGUGUACUAUAGUAAUUAGAAAAACAAAAAAGUGAA